GAAGUCCUCUCUGCAGCUUAGGCUUUCAGCUAAACGCUAAACAUUAGCAUGUCCACAUGCUGGGGUUAGCAUGUAAGCAGUAAACACAGCGUACGGCCGAGGCUGAUGGGAACAUCUUCAGUUCUGCAGCUCUGUGCUUCACAUGUGGCCUGAUGAUGAAAGCUGUUACGGUUCAUCCUGAGGGGACCAUGACACUUCAUCACAGCCAAUCACAGCCCACAGCUGCUGAAGUCUUUCAGUGUGGACCAAAGUGUGGACACUCCACAGCAGAGGACUGAGACUCUGAGACUGUGGGACUGUGGGACUCUGAGACUGUGAGACUGUGGGACUGUGGGACUGUGGGACUCUGAGACUGUGGGACUGUGGGACUCUGAGACUGUGGGACUGUGGGACUCUGAGACUGUGGGACUCUCAGAGGAAGUAAAACCGAACCGAGCUGACGUGGCGGCGUCUUACUUCAGGGUCCUGUGAAAUCUGAAAAAACAAAUGAAGACGAAGACAAAGAACACAGCCACUCCAGCUCCGCCCAGUGGGCGGGGCCUCACCGCUGCACUCAGCCUUCAGCCACAGCUGGAGUCGUCACUCCGGCUCUCCUCCUCCUCCUCAGCAACUACUACAGUCCGACUGCUCUGCUGGAUGAGUGUGUGAGCUGUGCUGAGGUAAAAAUGAAGCGCUCCCUAGGACUCUGCCUGGUGAUCUGUUCCACUCUGAUUGGACUGGGAUCAGCCAUUCGCUGUUACAGCUGUAAGGAUUAUACAGCCAGCUGCUCCAAACAACGAGACUGUAGCUAUGACGACGCCUGUCUCACGCUCAACGAGAGAGGUGGAAUGACGUACCGUCAGUGUCUGAAGUACUCAGACUGCGAUUACAACCGCCUGGCCCAGAUGUUCCCCCAGGUGUCCAGCUUCACCUUCAAGUGCUGCAACUCUGACCUGUGUAACUCCGCCCCCUCCUCUGCAGCCAGCUCUCUGAUUGGCCUGCUGGCCUCUGUGGUCGUCAUGUGGUGGUGCAUCCACUGAACAGGAAACCGGAACGUUGGCCCUGCAGCUCUGUGGCGCCCCCCAGUGUCUGGACACAUACAGCUUCUAUAACAGCCGCAGCUUCUCUAACUGUUACUCACCAAACAUUCACUCAGUCACCACGUCACAGUCACUCAUCUGACCUUCUCCUUCCAGAAAGGUGAAUGUUUUAUCUGAUGAAGGUGUGACGCGUCGUCGCUCAGUCACAUGACAAACGAGAAAGGACAGGAUGAAGAGUUUCAGCUGCUCAUUGAUCGAACAUUAAAAACCGAUCGAUCGGUCAAAGGUCACAUCAUUGAUCCAGCCGGAGACGGUGUGAUGCUUUCUGUGGUUCGGUGUCUCUGAUUGGUCACUCACUACAGCCACAGGCAGACAUUUAUUUUGAAAAGAAUCUGUAAACAACUUCCUGCCUCCAGCUCCCACAAUGCAACACUGUCAUGUGGAGAAGACAAAGACUCUACAUCCUCAGAUGUUUGAGUGAGACGUUACCUUGCACACCACAGACACUGUCCAAUCAGAGUUUAGUAUGUAGUUUAUCUGGAAGCUUCAGGCAGGUGAGAAGGUGAAGAGACCACGUCCACGUCUGUGUCCACGUCCAUGUGAAGACUGCAGGUGGUUUUAGUGGAGACAUCUCUGAUUGGUCAAACACAGAGACAGAAAGGUGCUGAACAACAUGAAGUGAUGAAGGAGUGAGGUGGUGACUCCGUGAAUCAGAAAUAAAUAACAAACCUGCUGUCCUCCUUAACCCUGCUGUCCUCCCUAAGCCUGUCCAACGUCUCAGUUCCUCACUAACAGAACCUUUGGGUUCUUCUGCUUCCUGUUUGGCUGAAACGUUAGCGAAGGUCAAACUUUCUGUGUGACAAAGAAAUAAAGGUUUACAA